CCUUGCACAAAAGAACUCCUGGAGUAAGAGCAAAAAGCGCCUCACAAACUGCAACCAUGAACGGGACAGAAGGCCAAGACUUCUACGUGCCCAUGUCCAACAAGACCGGGGUGGUACGGAGCCCCUUUGAGUACCCCCAGUAUUACCUGGCUGAGCCGUGGAAGUUCUCGGCGCUGGCUGCCUACAUGUUCAUGCUGAUUCUGCUCGGCUUCCCCAUCAACUUCCUCACGCUGUACGUCACCAUCCAGCACAAGAAGCUCCGCACACCUCUGAACUACAUCCUCCUGAACCUGGCCGUCGCCGACCUCUUCAUGGUCUUCGGGGGCUUCACAACCACUAUGUACACCUCCAUGAACGGGUACUUUGUCUUUGGAGUAACAGGGUGCUACAUCGAAGGCUUCUUUGCCACACUGGGCGGUGAAAUUGCUCUCUGGUCACUGGUGGUCCUGGCUAUCGAAAGAUACGUAGUGGUCUGCAAGCCCAUGAGCAACUUCCGCUUCGGAGAGAACCAUGCCAUCAUGGGUGUUGCCUUCUCCUGGAUCAUGGCCUUGGCGUGUGCAGCUCCCCCACUUUUCGGCUGGUCCAGGUACAUCCCCGAGGGCAUGCAGUGCUCGUGCGGGAUCGACUAUUACACUCUGAAGCCAGAGGUCAACAAUGAAUCUUUUGUCAUCUACAUGUUUGUGGUUCACUUCAUGAUCCCGCUGGCGAUCAUUUUCUUCUGCUAUGGGAACCUGGUCUGCACGGUUAAGGAGGCUGCCGCCCAGCAGCAGGAGUCUGCCACCACCCAGAAGGCAGAGAAAGAAGUGACUCGCAUGGUCAUCAUCAUGGUCAUCUCCUUCCUGAUCUGCUGGGUCCCCUAUGCCAGCGUCGCCUUCUACAUCUUCACCAACCAGGGAUCAGACUUCGGGCCCAUCUUCAUGACCAUCCCGGCAUUCUUUGCCAAGAGCUCGGCCAUCUACAACCCUGUGAUCUACAUCGUAAUGAACAAACAGUUCCGUAACUGCAUGAUCACAACCCUCUGCUGUGGCAAGAACCCUCUGGGUGACGAGGACACAUCUGCUGGCAAGACAGAGACCUCCUCCGUCUCCACCAGCCAGGUCUCUCCUGCAUAGGCCCCAUGGGAGCAGCCAGGCCCUGGGGUGCUGCCCUGGCAGCACAAACUUCACCCCACCGCUGCCACCACCUGCCCCUGCUUCACCAUGGCCAAGGCCCUGUGGGGUGGGCUCCU